UAUUAUCAUUAUUAUUACUAUUAUUAUUGUUGUUGUUAUUCAGUGUUUUAAUAUUCUCUCAUCAAUCAAUACUAUCGUUAAACGCAGAUUUUCAAGUCCAUCCCUUUCAAGUUCUGUGAAAAAACCCAUUAGUUUUCUCUCUGUUUCUGUGUUCAAGCAUCAUUCUUGGAGAAAGGUUCUGUUUUUGACAGUGAUUUGAUGACAGGAAAGUUUUGCUGCAUGGUUUUGAGAAUUCACAUGGAUUGCAAUGGAUGUUACAGGAAAGUAAGAAGAGCUAUUCUCAGUAUAAAAGAGUUGGAGACCCAUUUGAUAGAACAAAAGCAGUGCAGGGUAAGCGUUUGUGGAAAGUUUAGCCCUCAAGAUAUAGCAAUCAAAAUAAGGAAGAAAACCAACCGCAGAGUAGAGAUAUUGGAGAUUCAAGAGUGUGAUACCUUCACUGAAAACAAUGAUAUCCAAGGACCCUUGAUCAUCAAUGCCUGGAAAUGCCAAUCCAACUAUGACCAAGUUGAAACUUGUUGUAAGCAUGAAGGUGACACAGAAGAAAAGGAAGAAUUACCAAAUUCUAUAACAUAAACUCUUCAUCAUCUUU